UAUAUAUCCCUUCAAAAUAGCUCUCCAUUUACUUAUCCUCAAACCAAACAUCAACUAGCUAAUUACCUCAUAAUCAUCAAUCGAAUCAUGGGCUACUCCUCAAACCAAACGAUACCGUGGUCCAGCGGCCUCUACGACUGCGGCGACGACGUCGCCAACUGUUGCGUGACAUGCUAUCUUCCGUGUGUUACUUACGGGCAGAUUGCGGAGAUUGUUGAUAAAGGAGAAAUAUCAUGUUGUAAAGCUGGAGUACUAUACGGAGUAAUACACUUCAUGAUACCUUGUUGCCUACGCUUUUUGGUUGAACCCUGCUGCUUGGGAUCAUAUCGUACCAAGUUGAGGCAACAAUACUCAUUGGCAGAAGCCCCUUGUAACGAUUGCCUCAUCAAUUGCUUUUGCGAGCCAUGCGCCUUGUGCCAACACUACCGUGAGCUCAAGAAACAAGGUUUCGACAUGUCCGCUGGAUGGGAAGAAAAUUUAGCGAGAAAGCCUGGAGAGAUGGCGGUGCCACUGACUGAAGUUCGAAUGACAAGAGAUAAAUGAAGUGGAAACGAGAUGGAAUUUCAAGCGUGAAACUUUUGUUAUGUUGAAUUGGUAAACGUUUGUUAUGUCAUGUCAUGUAUUUUAUAAUUAGAGAACAGUGGUGAUGUGGAUGCUUUGUUUUUUGCUUUAUUAAGUAUGUAUUUGCAACUUGAAUAAUAUAUUGUACUCAGAACUUGAGGUUCCAUCUA